CGUGAGGAAGCGGGGGGUGGGGGUGCGCCGCGUCGCGUCGCAGCGCACCGAGCAGCUUUCCGCCUCCUCGGCGAGCGCGGCCAUGGCGUACGGUGGCCUGACGGUGCCCAUCCUCGUCAUGAGCGUUUUCUGGGGGGUGGUCGGCGGCGUCCUGCCAUGGCUCGUGCCGAAGGGGCCCAACCGCGGUGUUAUCAACACAAUGCUGGUGACAUGUGCUGUUUGUUGCUACCUAUUUUGGCUGAUUGCGAUUCUGGCUCAACUCAACCCUCUCUUUGGGCCACAGUUAAGCAAUGAAACAAUCUGGUAUCUUAAAUCUCACUGGCCUUAAGGAUGUCUGUCCUCUGCUGCAAUUUAUUGAUUAGGUAAAGAAGAGAUUUCUUCCAGAUGAAAAACUCCACUGACCCAAAGAUGCCCUUAACAUAGCUGGUUGGACACCAAACCUGCUUUAAUGCCUUAAUGUUUGUAUUGUGCUUUAAAAUGGCUUGUUCAAAGCCCUAUAUUUUUUUCCUAUUUUCCUACUAUACCAUUUAACACUGUGCCUGAUACAAUUUAUAACUCCUCUUCUGUUCUGUAAAUUUUCAUUUAUUAACGAACUGCAGUGAGAUGGAAACUUCUAAGUGUUUUUUUUUUUUAAUGGAUAUGUGAGGUCAACUCUUCACUUUGCACAGUCUAUAUUAGUACUAUAGAUCUUAGAAAUCCUAGAUUGUAAGUUGCUGGGCUGUUCACCCCUGUUCUGUUUGACUGCACUUGAAAAAAAUGUGUACAAUGAAACUGUAUGAGGAGAGGAGAAACAAUGCUGCCACAUGUUGAUGGCAUUUAUUUUUUAAAAUGAGUUGUGUGCUUGGGAAAUUUGGUCUUAAAUUUCUCAUACCUGGAAAUAAAACUAAUCCUCCACUUUAUACAAAAAUGUUUUUGUGCCAUGUGUAACAGUUAUGUGCUCUUCUGUGUUUUUAAUCAAAACAACAGUUAGCUAAGCUGAAGAAACUUAGAUGAUGCAGAUAAACUGUGAUGCAGCCCAGUGGGGUAAUGAGAUAAGAACACAUGCUGCCCAUAUCAAGAUCUCUCAGGUGUUUCUAAAAUAGUAACAAAAUUCCUGAUAAGUCUGUGAGUGGAAGUGAGUGCUAAACUUGAGAAUCUCUGUGAACUUCUCACUGUCUGAUAUUAGAGGGUAGCACAGAUGACAUGACUAAUUUGCAUGAGGCAGUGAUCCUGAUAGGAGAUUGAUUUGCCCUCUGGCUGUUUGGGAGGAUAUGGAUAGUAAGAGACUAUUUUAAUUGAACAGAAAACAGCAACUAUUUUAUACUGUCUGAUGCUUCAUGGAAUCACAGAGCUGAUAAAGCGCAAGAGAACAUAGGCCAGAGAUGAGAACUAGCUGAGGCAAUAUCAGCUGAGUCUCCAGAGGCAAGAAUGAAUCUAGUAACAGGGGCUGGGGAGGGGAGGAGGUCUGUGUGGGGUUUUUUUUUGUUUUUUCUAUUUUUUAAAAAAUCAUUGGCUAAGGAAUAACUUCAAAGGAUAUAAAUUCUAUUUAAUAUACAUGAAACGAGUACUUUCUUACCUCCUUGAAUCAUGUCCACAUAAACUACAGUUAUUUCUCCAA